AUGCACAGACUGUCUAACUUCAAUGAUGUAGCAGAGUUUUUGUUUGAUAUUUGCAGCAAGGAAGAAUGUGACAUAGCUGGCCGUGUUGCAGCACUUAUAUGGUGCGUGUGGCACAAUCGUAAUGCGAAGGUUUGGAGAAACACACAACUCUCAUCAGAACAGGUUGGGAACCAAGCUUUUCAAUUGUGGAAAAACUGGUUUCAUGCACAGCAGAUCCGUAGAAAAACCCAAAAAACGCGCACAGUGCAGCAUAGCGCGAUAUGGGAAAAGCCUCACGAUGGGUGGCUCAAAAUAAAUGUGGAUGCGGGAUUCUUUGAGCACCAAGGUGCCACUACCACUGCUUGCUGUGUUAGGAAUAGUAAUGGUGAAUUUCAAGGCGCACAGACAAGAAAAUAUACUUCGAACAUGUCAAUACUUGAAGGUGAAGACAUGGCCUUGUUAGACGCUGUGAAGUUAGCUACCCAAAAAGGAUGA